AUGCUAAAUCUUCCUUCCACAAUGACAAACUUAAUUUUUACGGAACUGUUACUCGCAAUUGUUUUGACCAGCAGCUAUGUUUUGGCAUCGGAAAAGUGUAUAUAUUGUCGGGAUAUAAACUGCCAAAGGAGUAGCUAUGCGGCAGAGGAACAAUGCGCAGAUAAAUUGGAUUCCUGCGUAAGCGUUUUUAAGGCAGGCGUAGUUCAGGCCCAAGGAUGUCUGGAAAGUCUCGAAGAUGAUUGGCGAGAAAAAUGCCAGGAUAAAGAUAAAGGACAUGAAAUCGAUUGCGAGAUAUGCGUAACCGAAAGGUGCAACAAUUUGGCAUCCAAAAGGGCUAAUUGUCUUCAGUGCAACAAUACAGAGGACGCACAGUGUGCUGAAUCUCCCGAGCUCCUAAAGGCUGCACAAUGUCCUAUUGCGAGAUCUGGCAAAAGUUUUUGCUUUGCCAGUUUGGUUGGAGACAUUUUGGAAAGGGGAUGCUCACUGACUCUUUCAGAUCAAGUCAACUGCCUUGCCGAUCCGAAUUGCCACUUGUGCGAUCCUUUGGAACAGUCCCAUUGCAAUGAUCAAAUUGUAAGGGCAGAUGAUUCACCAACCACUCAAGAUCCGACGGAAUCUACAAGUUCAUCAACGGAGUACACGCCUAGUUCAACAAUCACAACUGACUCAUCUUCAAGUUCUACAACCAGCACAGCAACAAGCUCUACAACCAGUACAUCAACAAGUUCAACAACAAGUUCUUCCUCAACUAGUUCAACAACAAGCUCUUCAACAAAUUCACCAGAAACUACACAAUCCACCACAGAACCUUCGACAACUGAAGAGGUUCCAACCACAACCGGCAAACCCAAUUCGGCGUUCGGUUUGAACGCUUCCGUAUUCCUGAUCUUUGCUCAAUUGGCAGUUUGUUUUUACAACCCACUUAAAUAGGCAAAGUGGCGGCGCUUAGCCAAAAUUCCCACGGACUUCUCCAAUCUGUAUACGACAUUAUUAACAAAAUUGUUAUGAUGUGACCAUAAAUUAUUUUUCGCGAUCA